UCACGUGCUGGUUUCAAUUUCCUGUUUACCACUUGUUCCUUGAGACAGUUCAUUUCAACACUUGCACAUUCGUGUGAUUUUGAUCGAGAACAACAAAUACGCAUUUGAAUCCCUGCAGCUACGGAAUUAAUCGUUUUGGAAACGUUCAUAUUUUUCUGUCAUCUUUGCCUUGCGGAAAUUAAGACGUGACAUUGAGGAAACGCGUGACUAGGCCAGGAGUCCUUGAGAUUUCCUGAGUCAGGCCCCCGGACUACAUGAUUGAAGCUCGUAACGUUAGUAUUACUCUGUCAACACCAAACAUACGCGUGAUGAGGGCAAGGACUACAAACAAGUCAGCUGGGUGAUCGUCUGCAUUCAAUUUUAAAGGCUAACUUUUGGUAAUGUGGUGGUUUUAACUUGGAGCGUGGAUACGUUCUAAAAUGAGUUAAAUUAACUAGAUAAAGUUAGCUAACGUUAGACAACCAAAUCAUCCACCUCCGGCUAAGUUAGCCACGUUACCUACAGCCUUCUUGCCUGGACAGUUUUGCCUGGAAGAUUUAGUUAAGACGCCCUUGUUUGUAGAGGGUUCCAAACCGGCGGUGCCCUGCAUUCAGGAAAAAUACCCGGCUCCGGCCCCUUCAAGCGGGCAGUCAGAAAUAAACUGGCUGGGAAGGGAUGGCCUGGUGGCUCUUCCCGUUCCCAAUGUGCUGCGGUGUUUGAGGGCGGACGAGUUCGGAUAGAGCCCAAGGUGGGUCGCGGAACGAUGAUGGCUGCAUCCCCGUCUGUGUCUGGGAGCCUAACGGCCUCCGGACAAACGUUAUCCGGGAGAAAGAGCGAGGAAAUAGCGGAUUUGAUAGAUUUGUUUUCGAAGACACAGUACAGAGCGAAAGAAGCCUCCCAACGGGUCGAGACGAUAGAGAAGCGUUGCUUGGAACUCUUCGGCCGAGACUACAAGUACAGCGUCAUCCACAACACCAACGGCGAGGUGUGUGGCCACUACCCACAGCAGAUAGUCUUCCUGGAGUAUGAAAGCACCGAGCUCCAUAAAGACAGGUUUGAGAGCACGGUCCAGAUCACAAAGCUGCAGGACCUGGUGAACCGCAGUAAGAUGGCCCGCUGCCGAGGGAGGUUCGUCUGCCCAGUCAUCCUCUACAAUGGCAAACAUAUUUGUCGGUCGUCCACUUUGGCAGGCUGGGGGGAGCUAUACGGACGCACCGGCUACAACUACAUCUUCUCCGGUGGUACUGAUGACACGUGGGGGGCAGAGUCCGAGCCAGAGGUUCCAGAGGACGACAGUGUGAGGAACGGGGACUCUCAACUCUUUGACAAGGUGCGGGGUCUGGACAUCAAGCUGCUGCGCUACCUCUCUGUGCGCUACAUCUGUGACCUCAUGGUGGAGAACAAGAAGGUCAAGUUUGGCCUUAAUGUCACCUCGUCUGAGAAGGUGGAUAAGGCCCAACGCUAUGCGGACUUCACCCUGCUCUCUGUGCCUUACCCGGGGUGUGAGUUCUUUAAGGACUACAAAGAUCGAGACUACACUGCCGAGGGACUAGUAUUCAACUGGAAUCAGGAUUUUGUGGAUGCUCCUUUGACAAUCCCUGCGUGCUUUACCAAGAACUUGAGUAUAAACUGGAGUGAAUAUCAGUCUUGGGACCUGGUCCAUCAGACCCAGAACUACCUGAAGCUGCUGCUUCACAUCAUCAACAGCGACGAUGAGAGCGGUCUCCUGGUUCACUGCAUAUCUGGUUGGGACCGGACGCCUCUUUUCGUGUCCCUCCUGCGGCUCUCACUGUGGGCAGAUGGUGCUGUCCACGCCAGCCUGGAGCCUACUGAAAUCCUCUAUCUGACAAUCGCCUACGACUGGUUCCUCUUUGGUCAUAUGCUGCCUGAUCGCCUCACCAAAGGAGAGGAGAUUUUCUUUUUUUGCUUCAAUUUUUUGAAGCACAUUGUCUCAGAGAAGUUCUCUGCCAAGAAGAAACAGAGGAGGAAAAACUCUCAAUUCAAAGACACUGAUUUCACAGUGGACGACCUCUGCAAGUUGAAGUCCAGGGAGGCCAGGGGCAGCGUGACCAGUUUGAGCAGUGACUUCUCUCUGAUUACGGAGGACGCGGGCGGCGCCUCCAGCCUCACCAAUGAGGCCGUGGACCUGUUCUCCGGCCAGCCUCUGGGAGCCUCCAGCUGGAGGAAGGGACACACCUCGUCCCCCCAGGCGGUGCUGUGGAACCGGCCCGACCCCAUGCAUGAGCGUCUGGCCCAUCCCCUCAGCCAAGAGGCCAAGUCUUCCAGCUCCUCCUCCUCCAACCAAUCGGAGCAGGGCUUCACACGCGCCGGCAGCAGUCCUAUGUCUGUGCCUGGGAGAAGGCUGGCGGCGGAGUACGCCCAAUCCGGCUCCUCCCUCUCCAUGGACUACGGCAGCUGGCAGCUCGUGUCGGGCUGCGGCUCCAUCCAUGACCAUGGACAGGUCGCCGCCGCCAACGACUCGCCCCUCCCCUUUAGCUUCCAGGACGAGGGGCCCAGCGGACGCAUGUGCCCGUCUCCCUCGGAGCGUCAGGUUCGUCUGGAGGCGGUGAGGGAGGUGUUCCUUGCAGCCUACAGCUCCACCGUGGGGCUCAAGUCCAGCGCGCCCAGCCCCUCCGGCGCCAUCACAGGCCUUCUGGAGCAGUUUGCCCGCGGCGUUGGCCUCCGGGGCACCAACAGCAUCAUCUGAUCUAGGAUUAGGUCACCCACCGCAAAUGUGAAAUCUGGGCCCGUAGUUAUCGUAUUCAUAAAGCGUCUGAGUAGGAGUUCUGAUCUAGGAUCAGUUUUUCCUCUUCGAUCAAAAUGAAUACAAUCAUAUCGGCAGGCAUGACCUGAUUCUAGAUCUACCCUCCUAGGCUCUUUGUGAAUAUGGUCCCCUCCCCCUACACCUCCCUUCCGCUUAACCCCGUCCUGUAACACCUUGUGGUUGAAUUGCGAUCCACGAUCAGCAUUAAUUUUUUUUGGAAAGCCACAUCCUGUUUCGUAUGGACUUUAAUAAAAUAAAAAGUGCAAAUUUCUCUACUCUAUCCAGGUGCUGAUGCGUCUUUAAAAAAGCAUUUUUAUAGAUAGAUAUAUCUAUCAAACCCAGAUAAAAAAAAAUCUCUUUCCAUUUUUAAAAUUUUUUUUUUUAUUCAUGCCUUCCAACUUAUUCUCUGGACUUUUGCCUUUUUUUGUUUUGCACAUUUUUGUCAAUUCAGGGAGUGGUUUGGGGGUGAUAACAAUGCCAGCCACAGUAUCAAAAAGGGACAGCUGGCCAUUGUAUAAAAAAAUGUGCAGCAUGGUUUAGAACAACUUGUCAUUUAUCUUUGGUUGGCGCUAAGAACGUGGUCAGAGUACAAAGGACUUUUUACAUGGACACCUUUUUAUGUGGAGUUCUUCCUUUUCUGUUUUUAAAAUAAUGAUUUGGGAUUCAACGUGCUGAUCGUCCUAAAUGGAGGAGACCACCACCCUUCUCUUUUCUUCAGUGACUGAACUCAUGAAAGCUGCUAUUCAGUGCUGAAUCAAGCUGAAGCAUAAACCAUAUCAUUGUAGUGGAUACUGUGGUUUACAUACAAACAGCACUAGUCAAGUGUGUCAGGGCAACAGAACAGAUGUUUUUUUAUAACCUAAUUCGACGUAGAAAAGUCUGUCAAGCUGUAUGUAAAAUGUAAUAUGUUGACUCCUAAAACACCAUCAGUGCAAACCUUUAGCUGAUUUUUUACAAUUGGUUAAUUAUCUUGAAUAAUCAAACUUGUGGUCAGAUAAGUCACUUAUGUGCAGACUUAAAAGCAAAGAUCAGUUUAACAUUGUCGCCAUACAAAACAUUUUUAUACGGUUUUCCUAUGUUUUAAAUUAAUUUAAACCGCACAUACACACCAUUAGACCGGUCCCAGAUCUGUUUGUGCUCUCUUGCUGAUUCCUAUGGUUGUUGCGGGAACCAAUCUGGGAUCAAGCUACACCAUCAUUACUGGUGCUUAAGUCCGCAAGCCAGGAGAAGUCAGUCCCAUUGCUGGGCUGUGUUAGGUCUUUUCAAGGUGCUUAUAUUUGAGCCCACUUCUGACAGCUAUUCAUACGGUCAGUCACUUCAUCUCAACUUUUGUCUCUCAGUUUUGUGACAUGACGGCUCCAAGCCACACCGCUUUCGGUCUUUGUUAUUGCUGUACGUAAGUUUAUGGCCUCGUUCCAGUCUGACUACAUUGCAGUAGCCAGAUCUCCCAACACAUGGAUAGGUGUUAAACAUAUUGACUUACUGCAUGAUCUCCUCUAGCAAUAUGAAAGACAUGGCACAGAACCAUUGGUUGAUGUGAGCAGCGCGACUGCAAUAUAAGCAGCCUGGAACAUUAUUUGAUAUAGAAAUCUGAUGGCCGUCUGCUAAGUUGGUUGAUGCAUGCAGCACGACUGCAAUGUAGUCGGACCUGGAACGUGACCACGGGAGGUAGCGAUUAUGCAGGAAAAUGGCAGUGUUGUGGCGCCAUUGCAUUGAAAGAUAUUCGAGGCAGCACUUACUGUGAUUUGUUUAGCUUGUUUGCAACGCCAAAUGGUUUUGACGGCUGCUGUACUGUACCUCAGGACCUUUUUUUGUGCCUUUUCAGCGGUAGCAGUGGAAGAGAUUCACCAUUUUUUUUUUUUUUUUACCUUUUUUUCCAAAGUAAUUUCUGUUUCUUAUACAUUUUAAAGAGCUUGUUGUUUUUUAAAUGCUUUGUGAGAAUCCACAACUAAGAGCUAGCUACUACACUUUAAAACACCAUAGCAUUAGUCAGUUGAAAGGCAAGCUAAUGGCUUAAUCCUUCAAUCACUUGAAUGCAAAAUGAUUUAUAUUUUUUCAGUCUUUGUUCAAUAAUGUUUGUCUAUGGUCAAUGGCAAUUGAUCAUAAUGUACAAUAUUGUUUCUACAAAGUCUGUGUGAGAUCUUUCUGUCAAUCAGUUGGGUUUAAGGGGAGAUGGGGUGAAGGUUCAGGAAUAUCGGUGUGAGAAGUUACCUUUUUUUAUAGAGUAUUCUCGCUUGUCAAUCAGUGUGCAGACUGAUGUAGUAUUGGGACAUCUGGUUUUAACUCAUUUGUACAUUCUCUGUCUCACUGGAUCAUCCAACAGUCUACUUUGUUGGAAGCUUACCUGGUGACUUUCUUUCACUUGUCCAAUCCUUUGAAAUCAAAGAAAGGAAACUACUUUGGGCCCUCCUCACCUUUCCUGAACAUAACCCAUCAAAGAAUUUCAGAGACAAUUUAGCAAAAACAUUUGAACUACAUCGCAUCCUGUUAUCAAACUUCGUUAUGAUUUACCACACCAGAGAAAUUAUUGAAAACCGGCAUGUCCAUGGUAGGAUACAUUGGUGACACUUGGGUCUAUUCCUAGGUCCCUGUUUGUAGGGAAAAGGCCCAGAGCCCCUAGACAAUUUGCAGUUGAUACAUUCCUUUCAGUUCACACUUUUCACUGGGUACAUUAUUUACCUUUAGGAUUACGCAAGCACCUCACGUGAUUGUUCAACUCAACCAUGUUUUUGCAUGUAAUUUCCCCCAAAUAAUUGAAACUAGUGGAAUAUACAGUACAUGGAUACAUGUUUCCUAAAUUAACCUUCCAUUUUAGUAUGACUAUUUUCUUUUGAUUUUACAGAAAUGCUGCAUUGCACUCAUCUUCCUUAUUGACGUGUCAAUCUCUUUACACAGACAUCUUCGGGUUGAGUCAUUUAAGUAAUUUUAUCUUGGUUUUUGUUUUAAAUUGCUCUUAAUUCGCCAGAGAGAGAAUGGGCUACAUUGAGAAAGGUGAAUUGAUAUGCAGGUGGUUAUUAUGAAUAAAGGAAAAACAAAUAAAAUGUAUGUACAAUCA